AUGGCGGCGGUGGUGAAGAUCGGGACGUGGGGCAGCGGCGACCACGGCAGCGCCUACGACAUCACGGUGGCGCCGCAGCGGCUGGAGAGCAUCUCCCUGCGCUGGGGCAAGAUCAUCGACUGCAUCUCCUUCUCCUACCUGGACCGGGACGGCAAGCUGCACACCGCCGGGCCCUGGGGCGGCGCCGGAGGCGUGAGCGAGGACACCAUCACCCUGGCCGCUUCCGAGUACGUGACGGAGGUGGCCGGGUCGGUCGGCCCCAUCGGGGAGCUCACCCACACCAUCACCUCGCUCAAGUUCGUCACCAACCGCGCCACGUACGGGCCCUUCGGCCGCGGCGAUGGCACGGCCUUCAACGUCCCCGUGCUCAACAACGGCAGCGUCGUCGGCAUGUUCGCUCGCGCGGACCAAUACCUCGACGCCAUUGGCUUCUACGUCCUCCCCUUCUGA